UUUGGCAGCAUGCCGCAGCAGAUGACCGGGAAUGACCGCCACCCAUUGGAGGCCAAGGCCAUGGGGGUUUUGCAGCAUGGAAGACUCAAGAUUAACAUAUUUUCAAUCCUGUGGUCUGACCACAACGAUAUACUGAUAUAUCGAAAGUAUGAAGAUUUCAAAAAGUUGAAUAGGGAGCUGAGAAAGAAAUUCCCUCUUGAAUCUGGGCUGUUACGGAAAUCAGACAAUAUGAUCCCAAAACUAAAAGAUGUCCCCAUCUUCAGGAAGAACCGAAACACCAGCCGCUUCAUCGAGAGACUGAGACUGCUGGAAGUUUAUUGUCAACAGCUCCUGACAGCUGAUGAGAAAAUCUCCCAUUGUGAUGUGGUGACGGGCUUCUUCACGCCCAAAAGCAAUGAUCUGAACCCGAAUUUCCCUGAAAACAGCUUGAUGAUCAUGCCUUCAGAAGCAAGAGAACAACAGAGAGAGCGGCCAAGAUUGCAACCCAAACCGCCAGCUACGGAGCCCAUCGUGUCCCAGAUGUACCUGUGCAUCGAAGAUCACGAGACCAAAGACACCAAGAACCGACCCUUCAAAGUGAAACGCAACGAGCACAUGGGUGUGCUGAUCAAGGAGAAUUCUGGCUGGUGGUUGGUAGAGAAUGAAGAGAAGAGAGUGGCAUGGUUUCCAGCUCCGUUCCUCAAAGCUCUAAACAAAGAAGAUGACCUUGGCUCAGGGACGGAUUCUGAUGAUGAAGGAAUACGGUACUAUUCCACAAUGGCAUAUGAAGCUUUGAGCUGGGAUGAAGUUUCCAUCUCUCGAGGAGUCCUUGUAGAAGUCAAAGAGAAGUCUAACAACGGAUGGUGGCUGAUAAGGUAUAAUGGAAAAACUGGCUUUGUCCCGGCUAUGUACCUAAAACCAUACCGAAAUUGCCACCAGCUUCAGAUCAAUAAGAAUCAUGAGAAAUUCCCUUCCACUUCAAAUUUGUUCAAAGCCUCCAGCCUGCUAGAACUGAGCAGACCAACGGAGGCAUGGAGAAUGGAGAAGGAGCAUAAUAUGGGCAAGACACAGUGGGUUGGGGGUCCGAAACUGGACAGGAAAAAAUCAAGAUCCAUCAGUGUCAUACCUUCAAGCCCAGCAUAUGGCUUUUACUUCGAUCCUGCUGAAUUAGUGCCAAGGGAUCAUACACAGGAAGUACAACAUUUAGGAAAAGGGCAGACACCAACACACAAGAAUGGAAUGAAGGAUGCCAUACGAAAGCUUUCUGCUGGCUCUGACGCUUCUUCUGAAAGACCACCAAGACCUCAUCUCCAAAGUCAGAUAUUGUGUGACCAACAAGAAUUGCACAAGCAGAGUCUCAGCAAAACCAAGCCACCAAGUGGUCAGUCCACUUCCACUCUUCCCAGGACCCCACUGAUGCCCCAGAGACCCAAAGCAUAUGAGAUACUCCAUAGGUGUAGCACUGUGACAAAGAAAGCUUUUGAGACGAAGGAAGCCACGGAUAUGCAGGGCUAAAG